AUGCUUGGUGUCGGCCUACCCGGUCCCGGCGUGGGUUUGGUUGGUGGUAGCAUUGGCGGUGCGCUGGGUGGUGGUGGUGCCACAUCACCUACCACAUCCACCGCAUCGGCGGGUAUCGUUGGCUGCGGCAGUGGCAGCAGCAAUGUCAGCCUACUGGGCAACGUUGCAGGUGGCGUGCAGCUGGGCUCAGCUUGCAGUACACUACCACAUCCACCAUCUUCCGCAGCUGCGGCUGCAGCUGUGUCUAAUGCUUUGGCAGCAGCAUCGGCAACAUGUGGUGCAGUGGGCAGUGCAACGGCGAAUUUGAAUCGAAAUUUGGUAAUAUUAAGAAAUCAUUUGAGGAAAAAUACGAACCCAAUGCCAGCAGUAGCAACAGCGGCAGCGUCGGCAACUACAACACCUAUGACAACGAGUAUAGUUGCAUUCAACGAUGUCACACCCACCAACACCAAUACAAAUACACUCAAUAGCACACACACUAACAAUAUGAAUACAAAUUUGGAUAGCGAUCAAUAGCCCAGCGGUAAAUUGAGUGAAUGCAAAAAUGGAUUUUUUAAUUUAGUUCAGAAAUUGCGUUAUAUUAAUUAAGUGGAAAAAGUAGAAAAAAUAAGAAAAAUAUAUAAUUGAAUUGAAAAAGUAAAGCACUAUAAUGUUUAUUUAGCUGUACAUAUAUUUGUGUUAUAUGUAUGUAAAUUGCUGUGAUGAUGCGUUCGAAUGAGCUUCAGUUCAAAUGUACAGUAAGUUAAAAAAAUGUAACGUAAAAUGGAUCUGUGUACUACCACACUUUGAUUUUGAACACAUACACACUACACCUAUGCAUAGGCACAUUGCAUACACAAACUACAACGCUUUGAUAAAAAAAAAUGUAUUUAAUACGAAUAUUUUGUAUUUGUAAUUUCAGUACUUCCUCAGGUGAUGGCAUUUAAUAAAUAGCAAUUAAUUAUUGUAUAUUUUUAACAGCGGCUUUUAUGCAUAUAUAAAUUCAGAGAGCAACACAAACAACAAUAACAAAUGAGAAAGUUAAUUUAACCAUUUUUAUUAAAAAAAAAAAACUGAAAAAAAUAUAAAAAAUUUAAAAAGUUAGCAUUGCAUUUACAAUCACUUUCAAACACACUCGUAUGUGGUAUAGCAAUUAUAUAUUAUAAUACAUAUGAAUGUGUGUGUGCACUUAGUGGUCAAAUGAAAAACGAGCUACACUCACACACACACCCACACACGCACUCGCGCAUAAAUACAUUAACAUAAUAAAAACGUGAUAUUUCAAUACGUCCAUGA